AUUGGGUGCUUUAAAAUGUCUAGCCUGAGCAGGUUUUUUUAAAGUGCUUUAGAAACUCUUUGCAAGGUAAAAUAAUGUAUUUUGACACAUCGUUUCACUGCUCAGGCCGUGACAGCAUCUGAACCGAAAUACUAAACCUGGAGCUUCGCCCAGUUUUCAAACAUCAAAAACACAGCACUUGCGUCAGUCAGUUAGUGGAGGAGAGUACAGCGAACAUCUCCAAUGGCUCCUCGGUACGCACCAAGUCUGCGCUCCCGCCUGGCACCUCUGCUGCUCUGUCUGCAGACCAGCUUCAUUGUCCUUUUUUGCUUUUUCACUGAAAUCCAGAAAAACAGCAACAUACGUGGAGAGACCUUCAGCAGCAUCUACCCAGGAUUCCAGGAUGUGAACGUGAUGUUGUUCCUAGGGUUUGGUUUCUUCUUCACUUUCCCCGUGCGAUAUGGUUUCAGCGCCACUGCAUUCACCCUCCUUGUGGCAGUUGUGGCCACGCAAUGGGGGAUUAUCCUGAAUGGCCUUGAGCCCCACAGAGGAAAAAUCAAGAUCAGUUUGAAAAGCCUGGUCGAAGCUGAACUGUGCACAGCCUCCGCCAUGAUUUCAAUCGCAGCUGUGCAGGGAAAGACCAACCCUGUUCAGCUGGUCCUCAUCUCCCUGCUGGAGGUGUCCGGGUUCAUCCUAAAUAAAUGGGUUCUACAGAGUCUGCUGAAGGUCUCGCUGCUGAACAGCAUCAUGCUUCUGCACAUCUUUGGGUCUUUCUUUGGACUUUUGCUGACUUGGGUGUUUUACCGGAAAGGUUGCGAACUACAGUUUGAGAAGGAGAAAUAUGACCAGAAAUCGGGAUUGUUCUCCAUGCUAGGAACAUUGUUCCUCUGGAUGUACUUGCCAACGUUUAACUCAGUCCUAGUGGAUGAUCGUAUUCCUGGGAGGAAGCUGAAGGCUGUGUGCAGUACCUACCUCGCCCUGGCUGUCAGUGCUGUAACAGCAGCCUCCAUGUCCUCUCUCUGCCAUCCCAGAGGAAAAGUCAACAUGACCCAAAUGCAGCAGUGCAUCCUUGCUGGUGGUGUCGCUGUUGGUGUCUCGGUGUCAGGGGUUCAGCAUCCGUGGGAAGCCAUGACAAUAGGAUUCACUGCUGCAGUCAUAGCAACAAUUGGACACCAGUACCUGCAGACACAAAUGCUCCAUGGGUUUCAGUGUCAUGACACCUGUGCUACGCUCAGCUCGUUCGGACUCCCUGGUCUCCUGGGGUGGGUAGCACACCUCCUGCUGGAGAUUCGAGACUGUGACGACCAAACAACGGCCAUUCGCUUCGCGGUAUUCCAUAUUUGCUCCCUCCUCAUCACAAUCGCACUCAGUCUGUCCACGGGACUCAUAACAGGGCUUUUACUCAAGUUGGAAGUUUGUCGUCGGCCGCCAGACAAUAAAUGUUUUGAUGACCAGGUCUAUUGGGAGUUUCCUCAUCUCGCGGAAAGAAAGUAAGAACGUGAAACUCGGUGAGAAACAAAUCUGGAUUCCUGGACUAGCUCAACUUCUUCCAUGGCAGUUCAAACCUUCGUUAUUUUUCACUAUUUAAACUACACUAAAAUUACAAUAGUUCAAUAAUAAUCUUGAGCACUGGUUCCCAAAGUGGGGGGCAAUCAAUAAAAGGGGACACAGCAGAAUUACAGUA